AUGAGUGUCUGCCACCCCACCUCAACACUGGACAGGUAGGACUGACUGCUGGUGAUGGUGGUGCUAAUGACAGAUGGGACAAUCAUAUUUCCUUGAUUCCUUGUGUCCUCUCUCCUUGUAUCCUUCCCAAAACGCAUUGGAGGAGUAUAUCAGAGGGGAGGGGAAUGCAAUGCGCUUUGAGAAGGAGGGAGGCAGUGACUGUUGAUAGGCAGGCAGCCAGUGACUAUUAUCAGGGCUCUCCCCGAAGUACCUUCUGGACUGCCCGUGCCACUUUGUAAUGAAAAUAAAUGUGUUAAAAAAUCCUUGGGAGAACCCUGAUUAUGUUCAAAGAUCUAUUAUAAACUGGGUAGUUUGAGCCCUGAAUGCUGAUUGGGUAUGACAAAUUACUUUUUAUUGUUCUAAUUACGUUGGUAACCAGUUUAUAAUAGCAAAGAGGCAUGUUUUGGGGUAUAUGGCCUAUAUACCACGGCUAAGGGCUGUAUCCAGGCACUCUGCGUUCGUCGUGCUUAAGAACAGCCCUUAGCCGUGGUAUACCACACACACCCCCUCGUGCCUUAUUGCUUAAUUAGCCUAUUGUUUCUACCAUUACAAAUGUAAGGCCUAGUUGUAAGCUUGUGCAUCUCUGUUGGAUGUUGUGUUAAAUUGUGAUCCCCUCAGCUUAGCCUUCUGUGCAGGGGUAUUCUCAGCUGGGAGGUAGCUGUAUCACCUUUGAUGUGAAGUCCUUUAUGGCUCACUGCCCAUUCUUUUGUACAUGUCUGUGAGCAUGCCUGUCUGUGUCUUGUUCAUGUGUUUCUCUCUUUCUCCCUCUUCCCCCGUCUCACUUUUGCCGUCUUUGUCGUGACAGUGGGGCAUCCAUUAAGAAACACUCUUACCUGCCCAUGUAGGCUGGGCAUCCAAUAAGAGCCCUUGUUGGUUCUGUAGAUCUGCAGAUUGGAACGCUGCUACAGCAGGACUAGGUUUUGGGCGUACCUACCCAGGCCUCCUUUCUAUGUCCGCUUGUUCUCAUGUUGUAUUUUUGGUCUCGUCUCCUUCACUCCUCUGUGCUGUGUGCACCUUCCCAUUUACACCAGAGAUCUGUAUAUAAUGACAAGAUGCACGUCUCCGCCCUAACAAUGGGAGUCGUUGUCCCAAAGUCGGGAAGGCAGGUGGCAAGUUUAGGUCCUAAAUAAGCCCAUAGAAACGCAUUGGGCUUAUUUUGGACAGAUUUUAGCGAGAGUGAAACCUCUAGCUUUGCCUCUUCCUCUAUGGUUUACACACACACACCAAGCCCCUCCCCCUGCCUCACGCCAACAAAGUUGAGAGAUCACAUCUUCCACUAUUUGCAUUUGAGGUUUGGUCCAACAGAAUCGGUCAUAUGAGCCCUGAAUUCACUAGAUUAUUUUUGACUGUUUGAAAUGCAGUGUAUUUUACCCUUAAUUGUACAACAACUCUUAUUUAGAGAACAUUUUUUAAAACUCUCUCUCUCUCAUAUAUAUAUAUAUAUAUAUAUAUAUAUAUAUAUAUAUAUAUAUAUAUAUAUACUGCUCUAAAAAAUAAAGGGAACACUUAAACAACACAAUGUAACUCCAAGUCAAUCACACUUCUGUGAAAUCAAACUGUCCACUUAGGAAGCAACACUGAUUGAAAAUAAAUUGCACAUGCUGUUGUGCAAAUGGAAUAGACAACAGGUGGAAAUUAUAGGCAAUUAGCAAGACACCCCCAAUAAAGGACUGGUUUUGCAGGUGGUGACCACAGACCACUUCUCAGUUCCUAUGCUUCCUGGCUGAUGUUUUGGUCACUUUUGAAUGCUGGCGGUGAUUUCACUCUAGUGGUAGCAUGAGACGGAGUCUACAACCCACACAAGUAGCUCAGGUAGUGCAGCUCAUCCAGGAUGGCACAUCAAUGCGAGCUGUGGCAAGAAGGUUUGCUGUAUCUGUCAGCGUAGUGUCCAGAGCAUGGAGGCGCUACCAGGAGACAGGCCAGUCCAUCAGGAGACGUGGAGGAGGCCGUAGGAGGGCAACAACCCAGCAGCAGGACUGCUACCUCCGCCUUUGUGCAAGGAGGAGCAGGAGGAGCACUGCCAGAGCCCUGCAAAAUGACCUCCAACAGGCCACAAAUGUGCAUGUGUCUGCUCAAACGGUCAGAAACAGACUCCAUGAGGGUGGUAUGAGGGCCCGACGUCCACAGGUGGGGGUUGUGCUUACAGCCCAACACCAUGCAGGACGUUUGGCAUUUGCCAGAGAACACCAAGAUUGGCUAAUUCGCCACUGGCACCCUGUGCUCUUCACAGAUGAAAGCAGGUUCACACUGAGCACAUGUGACAGACGUUACAGAGUCUGGAGACGCCGUGGAGAACGUUCUGCUGCCUGCAACAUCCUCCAGCAUGACCGGUUUGGCGGUGGGUCAGUCAUGGUGUGGGGUGGCAUUUCUUUGGGGGGCCGCACAGCCCUCCAUGUGCUCGCCAGAGGUAGCCUGACUGCCAUUAGGUACCGAGAUGAGAUCCUCAGACCCCUUGUGAGACCAUAUGCUGGUGCGGUUGGCCCUGGGUUCCUCCUAAUGCAAGACAAUGCUAGACCUCAUGUGGCUGGAAUGUGUCAGCAGUUCCUGCAAGAGGAAGGCAUUGAUGCUAUGGACUGGCCCGCUCGUUCCCCAGACCUGAAUCCAAUUGAGCACAUCUGGGACAUCAUGCUUUAGUCCAGGUCUGGGAGGAGAUCCCUCAGGAGACCAUCCGCCACCUCAUCAGGAGCAUGCCCAGGCGUUGUAGGGAGGUCAUACAGGCACGUGGAGGCCACACACACUACUGAGCCUAAUUUUAACUUGUUUUAAGGACAUUACAUCAAAGUUGGAUCAGCCUGUAGUGUGGUUUUCCACUUUAAUUGUGAGGGUGACUCCAAAUCCAGAUCUCCAUGGGUUGAUACAUUUGAUUUCCAUUGAUAAUUUUUGUGUGAUUUUGUUGUCAGCACAUUCAACUAUGUAAAGAAAAAAGUAUUUAAUAAGAUUAUUUCAUUCAUUCAGAUCUAGGAUGUGUUAUUUUAGUGUUCCCUUUAUUUUUUUGAGCAGUGUAUAUAUAUAUCUCGUGAAUUUGAAAAAGGUUUGAAAAAAUAGAGAUGAUUUUUAGUCCGCAUCGCCCAGCCCUAUCUCCUUGUCUGUCAGUGUUUCUCCAUUUUUACUCUUCUAUUGUAUUCUAAACAGAUGUUCUUUCCUUUUCUCUUGGUCCCUUUCUGUCUAUUCUCUGUUAUUCCUUAUUUUUCUGACGCUUCGCUUUCAGCCCUUUUGCUGCUUGGUGAGUUUUCUGCUCAGUUUGUUGAGCUGGAAGAAACUAAGCACAUAUUACAGUACUGCACUUUACCUCCAGCAGUCUCCCCUCACAUGAUCUCUCCUCAAAGCUAUCUAUCUACCCCCUGGUGUCCACUCUUCUCCUUUCACCCCCCCACCUACCUACAGCUCUUUGUUCUCAAUCCUCACAUCCUCUUGCCUUCUUCACAAAAUGUAUUGGAGAAGAAGGUCUGAGUGGAGAAGGUCUUGGACUUUCUCCAAUAUGGUUGAGAAGGAGGCAAGGAGAUAUGAUCCAGGGAAAGAUGUCCCUGCCCUAUACCACUCCUCUUUACACUCUCCUCCUCAUACAGUGAGGGAAAAAAGUAUUUGAUCCCCUGCUGAUUUUGUACGUUUGCCCACUGACAAAGAAAUGAUCAGUCUAUAAUUUUAAUGGUAGGUUUAUUUGAACAGUGAGAGACAGAAUAACAACAAAAAAAUCCAGAAAAACGCAUGUCAAAAAUUUUAUAAAUUGAUUUGCAUUUUAAUGAGGGAAAUAAGUAUUUGACCCCUUCACAAUGAGAAAGAUUUCUGGCUCCCAUGUGUCUUUUAUACAGGUAACGAGCUGAGAUUAGGAGCACACUCUUAAAGGGAGUGCUCCUAAUCUCUUCUUGUUACCUGUAUAAAAGACAACUGUCCACAGAAGCAAUCAAUCAAUCAGAUUCCAAACUCUCCACCAUGGCCAAGACCAAAGAGCUCUCCAAGGAUGUCAGGGACAAGAUUGUAGACCUACACAAGGCUGGAAUGGGCUACAAGACCAUCGCCAAGCAGCUUGGUGAGAAGGUGACAACAGUUGGUGCGAUUAUUCGCAAAUGGAAGAAACACAAAAUAACUGUCAAUCUCCCUCGGCCUGGGGCUCCAUGCAAGAUCUCACCUCGUGGAGUUGCAAUGAUCAUGAGAACGGUGAGGAAUCAGCCCAGAACUACACGGGAGGAUCUUGUCAAUGAUCUCAAGGCAGCUGGGACCAUAGUCACCAAGAAAACAAUUGGUAACACACUACGCCGCGAAGGACUGAAAUCCUGCAGCGCCCGCAAGGACCCCCUGCUCAAGAAAGCACAUAUACAGGGCCGUCUAAAGUUUGCCAAUGAACAUCUGAAUGAUUCAGAGGAGAACUGGGUGAAAGUGUUGUGGUCAGAUGUGACCAAAAUUGAGCUCUUUGGCAUCAACUCAACUCGCCGUGUUUGGAGGAGGAGGAAUGCUGCCUAUGACCCCAAGAACACCAUCCCCACCGUCAAACAUGGAGGUGGAAACAUUAUGCUUUGGGGGUGUUUUUCUGCUAAGGGGACAGGACAACUUCACCGCAUCAAAGGUACGAUGGACGGGGCCAUGUACCGUCAAAUCUUGGGUGAGAACCUCCUUCCCUCAUCCAGGGCAUUGAAAAUGGGUCGUGGAUGGGUAUUCCAGCAUGACAAUGACCCAAAACACACGGCCAAGGCAACAAAGGAGUGGCUCAAGAAGAAGCACAUUAAGGUCCUGGAGUGGCCUAGCCAGUCUCCAGACCUUAAUCCCAUAGAAAAUCUGUGGAGGGAGCUGAAGGUUCGAGUUGCCAAACAUCAGCCUCGAAACUUUAAUGACUUGGAGAAGAUCUGCAAAGAGGAGUGGGACAAAAUCCCUCCUGAGAUGUGUGCAAACCUGGUGGCCAACUACAAGAAACAUCUGACCUCUGUGAUUGCCAAGUACUAAGUCAUGUUUUACAGAGGGGUCAAAUACUUAUUUCCCUCAUUAAAAUGCGAAUCAAUUUAUACCAUUUUUGACAUGUUUUUCUGGAUUUUCUUGUUGUUAUUCUGUCUCUCACUGUUCAAAUAAACCUACCAUUAAAAUUAUAGACUGAUCAUUUCUUUGUCAGUGGGCAAAUGUACAAAAUCAGCAGGGGAUCAAAUACUUUUUUCCCUCACUGUAGGAUGAGGAGAGUGUAAAGAGGAGUGGUAUAGGGCAGGGACAUCUUUCCCUGGAUCAUAUCUCCUUGCCUCCUUCUCAACCAGGACACACACACACACACACUCUCACACACACUGUAAAUUCACUUUCACUUGCGUGUGACCACAUCCUACAUUAUAGAAGCUUUUAGUGUGUAUAAUAUUUUGACGAUGGGGUUUGGUUAACCUCUAGAAAGUAGAGUCUAGGACCUAUAUUAGGGUUAACCCUUUGUUUCUGUUUGUUUGUUACUUUUUUCCCUCACUGUAUACCCAUUGAAUAUUGAAGAAUAUAACUUAUAAAUGUCUACUCAUCUUGUCUAUUCCUCCUUUCUCUCUCCUUCUUUCCUCACGCCCUCCUUCUCCUACCUCCUGCCAGACAUCCCUCUCCUUCUCUUACCUCCUGCCAGACAUCCCUCUCCUUCUCCUACCUCCUGCCAGACAUCCCUCUCCUUCUCCUACCUCCUGCCAGACAUCCCUCUCCUUCUCCUACCUCCUGCCAGACAUCCCUCUCCUGCCAGACAUCCCUCUCCAACCUCCUGCCAGACAUCCCUCUCCUACCUCCUGCCAGACAUCCCUCUCCUACCUCCUGCCAGCCAUCCCUCUCCUACCUCCUGCCAGACAUCCCUCUCCUUCACCCCAGCCCUCCCAGUGAUCCUGAUUUGAAUAAUCUUUCCAGAGUAGCCUAUUUGUGUCUCACAUGCUCUGGGGAGAAGUUUAUCCUAAGUACUGAUCUAGGAUCAGCUUCUCCUCCCCCAAUCUUAACCUUAACCAUUGGUGGGGAGAAUGCUAAACUGACCCAAGAUCAGCGUCUAGGGGCAACUUCACCCUACUCUGUCUCACGUUCCUCUUGUCCUGCCUUUCCUUCCAGGCUAAGCAGCCUGACGAUAGGAGACUCGGAACGCAAGACCUCCAGCGGUCAGCAGAGGGAGCCUCUAGCUGACAUCCCCCAUGAGAACACAGGUACAUGGGGUUUGUAGUAGCCUCGCAGGCCGCCCGAUCUCACAAGCUUACAUGAAUGUUCCCUGCAUCCGUCUGGUAAUUACGAGGCUAGGUUUGUAGCACAGAUGUGGCAUAUAGCAGUUUAGUACUGGUUCAUGGUAUGGCCAGUGACUUGCAUGGUCUUUAUUCUCUUAAUCUAUCUCUCUAUCUCUCCCUCUUCAUCUCUAUUUCUUUCCCUCGUUAUCUCUCUUCUCAACUCCCCUCUCUUUGUCUCUCUCCAUCUCCCUCUCUCAUCUCCCCUUCUACCACCCCUCUUCCUCUCUCUCCCCUCUUCCUCUCGCUCCCCCUCUUCCUCUUGCUCCCCCUCUUCCUCACUUUCCCUCUCUCUCCCCUUCUCCCUCUCUCAGGUCCAAGUCUGGUUCAGAGAUGUGUGGUGGUACAGAAAGACCAGCUGGGGUUUGACUUCACUGUGUGUGCGAGAGGAUCAAGCUGGUGCAGAAUGUCCGACCAGGUCAGACACACACCCACACUGUAACUGACUCCAUUUCUACACGACUUCUAUGAUGAUUCUGGAAUGUUUCUCACCUGUCUCUUCAUGCAGGUGGUGCAGCGGUCAAGGCAGGGGUCCACGAGGGAGACAGGAUCAUAAAGGUUACUCCUCAUUUCAAACCUUCAACUAAAAAACCGGUCAGAUACUCAAGACUCUUCUCUCUUUCUUACGCUCUCUCUCAUCUCUCUCCUUCUCUCUCUCAUCUCUCUCCUUCUCUCUCUCCAUCUCUCUCUCAUCUCUCUCCUUCUCUCUCUCAUCUCUCUCCUUCUCUCUCUCUCAUCUCUCUCCUUCUCUCUCUCUCAUCUCUCUCCUUCUCUCUCUCAUCUCUCUCCUUCUCUCUUCGCUCUCUUUCUCUCGUCAUUCUCUCUUCCAGCUCUCCCUCCUCUCCCCCUCUCAUCUAUCUCCUUCUCUCGCCCUCGCUCUCUCAUCUCUCGGCUUCCUUCUCCUCCUCUUCUCCUCUCUCCUUCUCCAUCAUCUCUCUCUCAUCUCGCUCUUCUCUCUCCUCUCAUUCUCUCUCUUCCUCUCUCUCUCUCUCUCUUCCUCUCUCUCUCUCUCUCUCUCUCUCUCCCUCUCUCCUCUCUCUCUCCUCUCUCUCUCUCCUCCUCUCCUCCUUCUCUCUCUCUCUCUCUUCUCGUCUCUCCUUCUCUUCGUCUCUCCUCUCUCUCCUUCUCUCUCCUUCUCUCUCUCAUCUCUCUCAUCUCUCUCUCAUCUCUCUCCUUCUCUCUCUCUUUCUCUCAGGUGAACGGCUCACUGGUGUCGUCCAUGUCUCACCAGGAGGUGGUGAAGCUCAUCAAGUGUGAGUGUCACUGGUUUCUAUAACGAUGAUGAUGGUUAAGGUUAUGAUGACUUUAGGUCUAUGCUGUCAGUAAAAUGUCGUUGCCAACAGCUGUUUAUUAAAUCUUGUCUCUCUCUCUCGCUCUCUCUCUCCUUCCAGCUGGGACGUAUGUUGCUCUGACACUUCAAGGACCGCCCCCUUCAGCAGCCGUCCCCCUCCUACAGCCCCUCCCCGCUGACCUCUUACCCAAUCAGAGGAUGUCACUGGGAGGUGAAGCCCCGCCUCCACCACCUCCCCCCCGGACUUACCAGCACCCCCUCCCAAAGACUCAACAAACCGCUACAGGUGAACGCCACACCUCGGUCUGUAUUCAUAAAGUGUCUCAGACUGUGAGUACUGAUCUAGGAUCGGUUUUACCUUCUGGAUCAUAAGGAAUACGAUUAUAUGGACAAGGGGGACUUGAUCUUAGAUCGGUACUCUGACUCUGAGACACUUUAUAAAUACUGGUCCUGGACCAUUGCCUGGUAUACCAGCUUGACCAUAUUACUGACCAGAUGUUCAAACCAAUGUGGUAUAACAUGGGUCAACAAUAAGGAGGAGGAACACGUUUCUUUACCCUCUCCUCUUCUGUCAUUGUGUUAGAACCUAGAUGUACAGGAACACGUUGGAACAGGGAGAGGCUGAGCUCCAGGUAACAGUCAUUUGGGUGCGCUCGUUUUCAGGGGUGCGCUCGCUUCCAUAGGGUUUGGUUUUUCCCGCCCUUGGAAAGUCCCUUUGGGGCGGGGCCUUGCUGAUGAUGACAAUAUAAACAAGGAACUGAAAAUUCCAAAAAAUAAAAUCAACAGUCACAGUGUUUCAAAUCUCUGUUAAACGAUUCCCAGAAUCAGUAGAGAAUAAGCAGGAAAUCCGCAAUUCUCCAACCAAGAUUUCUGGGAAUUUGGGUAAAUGUUGCAACCCCAAACAAUCAAACCCACUUAGAAUGGACACUGUUCGGUUAUCUGGAAUAUAGACAUAUCUGUUCUAUAUGUUGCAUUUCUAGCUGUAACAUUGUGGCCCACUGAAUAUGCAAUGGUAAGGAUACACUGCUUAUGAGAGUAUCUAUUUAGUUUGACCAAUCAUCAUUGACCAUUAUCAGUGCCUCUGAUAAUGUCACUCUGACAAAUCUCGCAGGACUUGAUGGAGGAGCUGUCAUGUAAUCCCUCCCCAUCACUGGAGGAGCGAAUCGAAAGUGCCAAGAGGCAGGCGCAACAAGUGCGGGUUAAAAUCCAGCAAGAUCUGGUGAGAUGCCUGUGUGCAAACUACGGGCGGCAGGUAGCUUAGUGGGUAAGAGCGUUGUGCCAGUAACCGAAUGGUUGCUGGUUCUAAUCCCCGAGCCGACUAGGUGAAACAUCUAUCGAUGUGCCCUUAAGCAAGGCACUUAACCCUAAUUGCUCCUGUAAGUCGCUCUGGAUAAGAGCGUCUGCUAAAUGACAAAAAAAUUAAAAUAAAAUAUAUAUAUAUAUAAAAAAUGCAUGACAGCAGCCUCCUAACACUGCUCUGGGGUGAAGUUUCCCCUAUGUACUGAUCUAGGAUCAGCUUCCCCUCCCCCAAUCUUAACCUUAACCAUUGGUGGGGAAAAUGCUAAACUGGGAAAGAUGGUCCUUCUCACCCCUUCUUCUUCAGGACCCCCCUACACCGGAGACAGGGCUCCGACACACACACCUUCUCCGACUCGGUGAGACCAACACACACACUCUUCCACUCACUCACAAACUCACACACAUUCUGAUUCAGUGAGAAGAUUUGCACAUGCGCACUGCAUAUACCCUCUACUCUGACUCAGUGAUGUGAACAAUGUCUCUCCUACACAAAAACACACAUGCCAAAGGUUCCAUUUUCCUCAUCCUGACCUCUGACAUGUCUCUUGGCAGGCUGGGAAGACUCAGAUCAUUGGCCCUGAGGAAGAGGAAGAAGAGGAAGACGGCUAUACACUCAAUGAGGUGAGACAGUCUUUAUCAGCAAACAUCACUUACCUCAUCUACGUACCCUGCAUCUCACAUAGGUAUGAAUCUCUCUCUCUCUCUCUCUUUCCCCUUCCUCUCUCUUUCCCUCCUUCAGAUGGACGGUCCAUUUCAGGACAUAGAGCUUCUCAAGUCGCGACCAGCCCACAUGACGGUGUUCAUGAGAUAUAUCUUCAGCCAGCUACUGGAUCCCAACCCACUGGUCAGUGCUCUGAUCCUGAGGACUGCUAUUUACUGUAGUUCGACCUCUUACAUGGGAACUAAUCUGGUGUGUCUGUCUGUGUGUAUGUCUGUGCUUGUCUCUCUACAACAGCUGUUCUACCUGUCGUUGGAGGCCUACCUGGGCUCCAGCCCUAAAGACGCCCGUGCCCUCGCCCCUCAGAUCUGCUCCUACUUCCUGGACCCUGACGCUGUGCGUCUCUCCUGCGUUUAUUCAGUUAAUUAAUUCAGUGAAUUAGUCUUAAUAAGACCGGACCAUUUAAUAAUCGUGAAACAUUUUUGUACUCUUGUAUUAACGGUUGUAUUAACGGUUCCUUAAAUGUUUGAUUUAAUUUUCAGCCGUUAAAAAUCAGAGUACCUGACUGAUAUAGGUAAGCUGCAACUCAACAUACUAACGUUACUGUGAUGGUUUUAUUUAGAUUUAACCAGGCAAGUCAAUUAAGAACAAAUUCUUAUUUACAAUGAAGGCCUGGCAAGAUGCAAAAGUCCUCCUGUGGGGACAGGGUUUACGAUAAAAACCUAAACAAUAUAAGACAAAAUGGACAACUCAGACAGAAGACACUGGGAACAGCAAACAAACAGUGUGUGCGUGCAGGCGUGUGUGGUGUGAAGUAAAACAACAUGCUUCCUUACAGAAGGCAAAGCAAACUAGUGACAUCGGGUGGCAACUAGAAACAAAUACAUGUCUCAACCUGUUCAUCUAUUUGCCCUUUAACUUCCUCCAGGGACACCAGGUCCUGGAGUGAUAGGUUGGCUUGGAGGGAAUUCCAAGACCAGGGGUCUGAGGAAUGAAAUGACCUUUUUCCAUGCUUGGUUCAAAUUUUCAGGACUGUUAGCAUAAAACAAAAUUGAGAUCUGAGCUUGUAUGUGUUUUAAUUUCGAGCUAGAAGAGAGUUUUCCAAAAAUGGGCAGUGUUUGAGCCUGCGUGUUGCUAGUCUGAACACUGUAGAGAUUUGUGACCAAACUAAGGCAGAAUGAUACACAGAGUCAAGAGCCUUCAGUGUAGAGCUUGAAGUUCGCACAGAAACAGUAUCACCAUAGUCCAACACAGAGAGAAAAGCACAACUAAUCAACUGUUUUCUGGUGGCAAAGGAAAAACAAGCUUUGUGCCGGUAAUAAAACCCAAUAUGCAGCUUGAGUUUCCUGACAAAGUUCUCUACAUGGCUGGUGAAGCUCAACUUCUCAUCCACCCAAACUCCCAGAUAUUACGUUUUGACAUGCUCUGUAGAAUGUCCUUCCAAGGUAGUAAUUACAUGGUUUUCAGAGUGUUUAGCAUUGGAAAAUACCAUGCAUUUUGUUUAAGAGGAAUUCAGAACAAGCUUCAAAAUCGUACAGAUUAUCUGGAAUGGUGUUUUAAAGCUGUUUGAGCUUUGUCAAAAGCCAAACUGCUGCCACUUGAAUACAGAACAGUAUCAUCUGCAUAAAAAUGUACAUCAGUUGUCUCAAUAUGUUUCCCAAUGUUGUUGAUCUAGAUAAUAAACCACAGGGGACCUAAAAUGGAUCCUUGAGGCACACCUGAGUGCAGCUCUAUGGUGUAAGCCUUACAACCAUCUGCCUUAACACACUGGGUUCGAUUUGAUUGGUAGUUCACAAACCACUCCAGAGCAUGACCAGUUAUGGUAGUUGUGUAAAGCGGUAAGUCAACUCUGUCAGUACAGGGUUGUGAUUCUAGUUCAGUCUGUAGUAAGUCUUACUGUCUGGUGUUGUGUCCUGUCUCAGAGAGUCGUCUUCAUGCCCAGGAGGACAUCAGAGGACCACUGUCUGAGCUCCAACAGCAGGUGCUGCCUGACAUUCAGGACCCAAUACAGGACUACAGGUACAGUACAGUCUAUGGGACAAGCCUAGCUGAAUCAUCUGGAGGUGUGUCUGUGUUUGACAGUGUGUGUGUGUGUAUAUGAAACCAUUGUUGUGUGCAUUGAGGCUUGUGUUAAAUGCAGAUAAUGGCCGUGUGUGUGUUAUUGUGUUUGUUAGAGCUGGGCGAUAUGGCCAAAAAUCCAGAUUGUGAUAAAUUGCUUGAAUUGAUGCGAUAAUGAUAAAUAGAACGAUAGGUUUACAUCAUUAAUGUGCACCACAGGUUUUUAAAAUGAUCCCUUAAAGAACUAGUACUAGUUUAAUGGUUGUAGCAAUCAAUUGUCCCAUUAACAAUCACCCAUAUUAGCAAUAUUUUUUCAUUUCAAACUUCACAUUUCUCUAUUAUAGGCUACUUCUCGUAAUGAAAAGGAAAGGGGAUAUCUAGUCAGUUACACAACUGAAUGCAUUCAACUGAAAUGUGUCUUCCGCAUUUAACCCAACCCCUCUGAAUCAGAGAGGUGUGGGAGGCUGCCUUAAUCAACAUCCAUGUCAUCGGCGCCCGGAGAACAGUGGGUUAACUUCCUUGCUCAGGGGCAGAACGACAGAUUUUUACCUUGUCAGCUCGGAACCAUAUCAGCAAAAAUGCCUGCAUUGAGUGGUCGGUUUCUAUCAUUUUCAGUGUAUCGUCCCAGCUCUACUUUGUGUGUAUUGAAGGUUGUGUGACCAAUGACCUUGUGUACUAUGACGUGUUUGUGUGUAGGAACAAGCAGAUGAUGGGUCUGGGCUCUCUGUUUGGAGAGGGAGACCUGCAGCAGCUGGAUGGAGACCCAGCCAAGGAAAAACAGGUCACUGCUCUCUGGGAGAUACUGUAAGUUGGAAUAUCUAGCUAUGAUACAUAAUGUUUAUCCCAUGUGACCUUACCAGGAAAAACGCUGGGCACCUAUAUAUGCAAUGCAUUCCAAGGGAGAGUAAAAAUGACUACUAAGAUGGCAACAAAUAACACACAUUGUUACUUUUGUACUUUGCUGUGAUGGUUCAAUAUUAGCAAAACAGUAACUACGGUAGGACACGCUAGUCCUAGAUAGAUAGAUGGCCAAUAAAACAGUAUUGCAGCAUGUGACAGUGACCGGGCCAGCUGACAGCAGAGGGAUCUCAACUAGCCUCAACCUCUCACCGUACCAAAGGUCAGAUUGUGAUCGCUGAUCCUCAACCUCUCACCGUACCAAAGGUCAGAUUGUGAUCGCUGAUCACUGGGAGGCUCUGCAGGUAGCUGCGGCCGUCCUAGCCACAUUACGUUUUUACACACACCUACCCACUCCUAUCACAUGACUCACUACUAGGUAGACACAAAACAGGUCACCUUGAUUUUUAUCAGCCUAUUUUUUUUGCACCUUGUUCAACAGGACCGAGACACUUUGGAAAUAAGCCAGAGACCUUAUUAAAAGAGAGGUUGUUGUUUUUGUGCAGAAGAGUGAGAGUGAAAGUGAAUAAGCGAACAGUUGUUUUUCUGUGUUGCAGCUCGAAGCACGAAGACGACAGAAGGUAAUAAAAAUCGGAGCGUCUCAUGUCUGUGUUGCUGGAACAUGAUUGAAUAAUAACGCUUGUUUGUUUGUGUAAACAUACCCUUCUCACUUCUGUUAUUUCUCCCUUUCUUUCUGUCUCCCUCUUUCCCCCCUUUCUUUAUCUUUCCCCUGUUACCUUUUUCUCACUCGCUCGCUCUCCCCCUUCUCGCCCUCUCACUGCCUCUCCCUCCCCGUCCUCAGUUCUCCUCUAGCCUCUGCGGUACUGCUGCACCUCCGUCACUCAGGCAUUAAGCUGAGGGACUCCAGGGUGUUUCCAGGACUCAGCUCUGAGAAGGAGAAGUGGCUCGCCUUCUUCCCCAAGACCAAGAAGGUAGGAGUUGGAGUCCUAGGUCGAAUACUGUGUUCUGGGUCAUACUCAUUAGGCACUGUGUACUACUGAAUACUACGUUUAUUAAAGUUCUCAAUGUCCAGGUUGUGCUUGAAAUGAUUGGUUCACAUCACAGAGCUUUACUGUUGUCUACUACAGCUGAGCAGUGCAAAGAAAGAGAAGGAUGGAGAGGACAGGAAGAGAAACCCCAUCCUGAAGUAUAUCGGCAAGCCCAGGAGCACCUCCCAGUCCAGUAACUACACACACACACACACACACUGAGAAAGUCACACACACUCACAGACAAACACACACACAUUCUGUUUUCAUCUAACAGUAUGAUUGAAUUCCCGUCACCUUAUCCUUCAUUUUCACCCUUACUGAUACUUUUUUUGUCUCAUGGUUUCUUUUGGUUCACUUUGAUUUCCCAGCAUUCCCUUGUCUCCCACUGAAGGUAUAUCAUUUAUUUGUAUUUAUUGUUUUGAAUAUCUUAUUAUAUCGCCUUUGUUCUUCAAAGUGUUUUCUCAGCUUAUUUUAAAACACGAUAAUAUAUAAUAAUAAAUGCCAUUUAGCAAACACUUUUUUAUCCAAAGAGACUUACAGUCAUGCUUGCAUACAUGAUGUGCUGUUAUUGCUUUCACUUUGGGGUUUUAUGCUGGGUAUCAGUAAAGCACUCUGUAAUAACUGCUGAUUAUAAUACAGGCUUUAUAAAAUACGUUUGAUUGAUUGAUGUUCUGUGUGUGUCUCCUGUCUCGUCUCCUGUCCUCAGUGCGUCCUGGCAGUGUGAGGAACAUCAUCCAGCAGUUUGAGAACCACACAGAGAUCCCCGGGGAGGAGGGGGCCGAGGGAGACCCCCAGAGACUGUCCUCCAGCAGCCUGGGAGAGGACAGCAUGGACAGGUAUCAGAGAGAGAGUGUGUCUCAGGCCUAUUGAGCAUAAUUGUUUGUUUGUUAAGAUUGUACAUGUUUACUUAUGUGUUUGUCUCUCUAUUUCUCUCCCCCUUUCUCUCCCCCUUUCUCUCUCGCUCUCGCUCUCGCUCUCUCUCUCGCUCUCUCUCUCGCUCUCUCUCUCUCUCGCUCUCUCUCUCUCUCUCUCGCUUAAUCUCUCUCUCGCUCUCUCUCUCUCUAAACUCUCUCUCUCUCUCACUCUCUAUUUCUCUCCCCCUUUCGCUGUCUCUCUUUCUCUCACUCUCUAUUUCUCUCCCCCCCCUCUCUCUCGCUCUCUCUCUUAAUCUCUCUCCCCCUUUCUCUCUCUCUCUCUCUCUCACUCUCUAUUUCUCUCCCCCCUCUCUCUCUCUUUUGCUCUCUCUCUCAGCCCUAUGGUGUCGGUGCGUCUGGCUCGUAGUGAGUCUCUGAAGGCACAGGGGGAGGGGCGUCGGCGGGGCGGGGCCUCAGGAGUGGAGACAGUCCCUCGUUCCCGUAGCGACGUGGACAUGGAGGACUGUGGGGAGGAGAUGGAGGGGCCGGGCCUGAGACCCCUACACCAUAGCACCUCCUCCUCAGCCACCAGCAGCUCAGCACGGUGAGACUACACACACACGUCUGGCUCAUACACACAUAGCUGAAACUUACACACAGACAUGGUUUCGGAACACACUGUAUGAUCCACAUACUCCUGAAGGGGGGUUGAGCAGCAGCAUUGUAGCACAGAAUAAAGAAAACCGAAUAGAAACGGAUCUGAUUGGGUUUUCCUCCUCAGAUCCUUGGAGAACCCCACGCCUCCAUACACCCCUCGGUCGUCUAGACGACAGUAAGUCACCACUACAACCUACUGAGGUCUUCAUCUUUGAUGAGGGACCUGUAAGUAUAUUAAAACAUAUUUCUCUCUCUGUGUGUGUGUGUGUGUGUGUGCGUAUGCAUCUGUGUGUGUGUGUGUAGGAUUGAGGAGUCCCCUGUGGCCCUGCUCCCUGAUGCCCCAGCCCUAGAGGAGGACGUGGUAGACAGUCACAACUGGCAGGAGACGGUGGCCCCGCAGGUCCUGGCCACUCUCUGUCCCCGAGAGGUGGACCGACAGGCCGUCAUCUACGGUAAAUAACCACUGAUUGAUCUUUGGGUAGGAGCAGAGGAAUGUGCAAGGAUACAUUCAGGCCUAGAGGAACACGGGAAAACGUUCUACAUCUAGAGCUGGGCCUAUAUCCUCUCUAAACAUAGACAGUGGCUAUCUGACUGUAACUGACAGCUUCUAUUCUGUUAUUUUCAGAAGGAAAUAUCAUUCGAUUAUUAUAUUUACAUUACUCUCUCUUUCUCUCUCCCUCUAUCUCCCUCCAUCCAUCCUCUCUCCCCCUCUCUCUCUCCUCUCUCAGAGUUGUUGACGACAGAGGCGUCUCACCUGCGUACUCUCAGGGUGUUGGAUCAGGUGUUCUUCCGGAAGAUGAGAUGUGUUCUGAACUCUGACGAGCUGGCCUGCAUUUUCCCCAACCUGCCUCAGGUCUACGAACUCCAUGGUCAGUGUGUGUCUGUGUCUGUGCUUGUGUGUUUCUCAGUUCUGUCUAUGUAUUCAGGCAAUGUGGAUUUUAAGAUCUGAUAAGAUUGUGUUGCAUUAAAGAGGUUCUCUGUUUGUGGCAUUGCUGUGUAAAUAUCAUAUGUUUUAUUUGAUUUAGUUGCUGCAUGGUAGAGAAGCAAUGUUUUAGCGUUGCCUUUGAUUGGUUGUCAGUCUCAUUGACAUUAAGCUCAAUGUUGUUAUUGUGUUUGAUCAAUCUUGCUUCAAUGUUUUUAUUGUUCCAACGUUGUUAUUGCGUUGCAGAGAGUCUGUGUGAAGCCAUGAAGAAGAAAAGGGAAUCUCCCAUCGUUCAGGGCAUCGGUGACAUCAUGCUGGCCAGGGUGAGUUUAACUAACUAAUCACGUCAUCCCGGUCCCGUGUGACUCAGCAGGUGGAGCAUGGCGCUUGCAACACCAGGGUUGUGGGUUCUAUUCCCGCAGGCCACCAGUACGAAAAAAGUAUGAAAAUGUAUGAACUCACUAACUGUAAGUCGCUCUGGAUAAGAGCGUCUGCUAAAUGACUCAAAUGUAAAAAAUGACAUCUCUCCAUCCCUCCAUCUCUCCAUCCCUCCAUCCCUCCAUCUCUCCAUCCCUCCAUCUCUCCAUCCCUCCAUCCCUCCAUCUCUCCAUCCCUCCAUCUCUCCAUCUCUCCAUCCCUCCAUCUCUCCAUCCCUCCAUCUCUCCAUCCCUCCAUCUCUCCAUCUCUCCAUCCCUCCAUCCCUCCAUCCCUCCAUCUCUCCAUCCCUCCAUCUCUCCAUCCCUCCAUCCCUCCAUCCCUCCAUCCCUCCAUCUCUCCAUCCCUCCAUCUCCAUCCCUCCAUCCCUCCAUCUCCAUCCCCCAUCUCUCCAUCCCUCCAUCUCUCCAUCCCUCCAUCUCUCCAUCCCUCCAUCCCUCCAUCCCUCCAUCCCUCCACCCCUCCAUCCCUCCAUCUCUCCAUCCCUCCAUCUCUCCAUCCCUCCAUCCCUCCAUCCCUCCAUCCCUCCAUCUCUCCAUCCCUCCAUCCCUCCAUCUCUCCAUCCCUCCAUCUCUCCAUCCCUCCAUCCCUCCAUCCCUCCAUCCCUCCAUCUCUCCAUCUCUCCCUCAGUCUUUGUUUUACUAUCCCAUCAAAUCAAAUGUUAUUGGUCACAUAUUUAGCAGUGUUAGCAUGUUCAUCAGUGGGCUGGAGGGUUACAUUGUUAGCUGUCAGUUUGAGGGCUUAGCUAUUGAUAAUACCUGUCCAAUUGUUUUCAAUCAUAUGCUUAUAGGGGUAUACACCUGAGUGUACAAAACAUUAGGAACACCUUCCUAAUAUUGAGUUGCACCCACUUUUGCCCUCAGAAUAGCCUCAAUUCAUCAGUGCAUGGACUCUACAAGGUGUUGAAAGCGUUCCACAGGGAUGCUGGCCCAUGUUGACUCCAAUACUUCCUACAGUUGUGUCAAGUUGGCUAGAUAUCCUUUGGGUGGUGGACCAUUCUUGAUACACACGGGAAACUGUUGAGAGUGAAAAACCCAGCAGUGUUGCUGUUCUUGACACAAACCGGUGCACCUGGCACCUACUUCCAUACCCCGUUCAAAGGCACUUCAAUCUUUUGUCUUGCCCAUUCACCCUCUGAAUGGCACAUAUACACAAUUCAUGUCUCAAUUGUCUCAAGGCUUAAAAAUCCUUCUUUAACCUGUCUCCUCCCCUUCAUCUACACUGAUUGAAGUGGAUUUAACAAGUGACAUCAAUAAGGGAUCAUAGCUUUCACCUGGAUUCACCUGGCCAGUCUAUGUCCUGGAAAGAGCAUAAUGUUUUGUACACUCAGUGUAUACUGUCUAGUGGUGUGUUUUGAAUGGGAUAUCUGUGUGUACCUGGGUGUUAGUUUGAGGGCGUGGCGGGGGAGGAGUUUCAGGAGCAGGCGUCCCACCUGUGCAGCCAGCAGUCUCAGGCUCUGGAGCUCAUCAAGAACAAGCAGCGCAAAGACCCCCGCUUCACACACAUCAUCCAGGUAACACACACGCAUCAUCCAGGUAACACACACACACACACGCAUCAUCCAGGUAACACACACACACACACACAUCAUCCAGGUAAUACACACACACACACAUCAUCCAGGUAAUACACACACACAUCAUCCAGGUAACACACACAAACACACACAUCAUCCAGGUAAUACACACACACACACACACACACAUUCCCCAGGUAACACACACACACACACACACACGUCAUCCAGGUAACACACGCAUCAUCCAGGUAACACACACACACACACACACACACACACACACACGCAUCAUCCAGGUAACACACACGCAUCAUUCAGGUAACACACACACACACACACACAUCAUCCAGGUAACACACACACACACACACACGUCAUCCAGGUAACACACACAUCAUCCAGGUAACACACACACACACACGCAUCAUCCAGGUAACACACACACACACACAUCAUCAUCCAGGUAACACACACACACACACACAUCAUCAUCCAGGUAACACACACACACACAUCAUCAUCCAGGUAACACACACACACACACACGCAUCAUCCAGGUAACACACACACACACACACAUCAUCAUCCAGGUAACGCACACACACACACACACACACACACACAUCAUCAUCCAGGUAAUACACACACACACACACACACACACAUCAUCAUCCAGGUAACACACACACACAUCAUCAUCCAGGUAACACACACACACACACACACACACACAUCAUCAUCCAGGUAACACACACACACACACACACACACACACAUCAUCAUCCAGGUAACGCACACACACACAUCAUCAUCCAGGUAACACACACACACACACGCAUCAUCCAGGUAACACACACACACACACAUCAUCAUCCAGGUAACGCACACACACACACACACACACACACACAUCAUCAUCAUCCAGGUAACACACACACACACACACAUCAUCAUCCAGGUAAUACACACACACACACACACACACACAUCAUCAUCCAGGUAAUACACACACACAUACACACACACAUCAUCAUCCAGGUAACACACACACACAUCAUCAUCAUCAUCAUCCAGGUAACACACACACACACACACAUCAUCAUCAUCUAGGUUACACACACACACACAUCAUCAUCAUCUAGGUUACACACACACACACAUCAUCAUCAUCCAGGUAACACACACACACACAUCAUCCAGGUAACACACACACACACACCACACACACACACACACAUCAUCCAGGUAACACACACACACACAUCAUCCAGGUAACACACACACACACACACACACACAUCAUCCAGGUAACACACACACACACACACACACACACAUCAUCCAGGUAACACACACACACACACACACACAUCAUCCAGAUAACACACACACACAUACACACACACAUCAUCAUCCAGGUAACACACACACACACACACACACAUCAUCAUCCAGGUAACACACACACACACACAUCAUGAUCCAGGUAACACACACACACACACACGCAUCAUCCAGGUAACACACACACACACAUACAUCAUCCAGGUAACACACACACACACACACAUCAUCAUCCAGGUAAUACACACACACACACACACACACACACACACACACACACACACACACACACAUCAUCAUCCAGGUAACACACACACACACACACACACACACACCAUCAUCCAGGUAACACACACACACACACACACACAUCAUCAUCCAGGUAACACACACACACACAUCAUCAUCAUCCAGGUAACACACACACACACACGCAUCAUCCAGGUAACACACACACACACACACACACACACACACACACACACACACACACACACACAUCAUCUCCAGGUAACGCACACACACACACCACACACACACACACACAUCAUCAUCAUCCAGGUAACACACACACACACACGCAUCAUCCAGGUAACACACACACACACACACACACACACACACACACACACAUCAUCAUCCAGGUAACGCACACACACACACACACACACACACACAUCAUCAUCAUCAUCCAGGUAACACACACACACACAUCAUCAUCAUCCAGGUAACACACACACACACACGUCAUCAUCCAGGUAACACACACACAUACACACACACACACACAACACACACACACACACAACACACACACACACGUCAUCAUCCAGGUAACACCCACACACACACACACACCACACGUCAUCAUCCAGGUAACACACACACACACACACACACACACACACAUCAUCAUCCAGGUAACACACAUACACCACACACACACACAUCAUCCAGGUAACACACCACACACACACACACACACCACACACACACACAUCAUUCCAGGUAACACACACACACACACACACACACACACACAUCAUCAUCCAGGUAACACACACACACACACACACACAUCAUCAUCCAGGUAACACACACACACACACACACACAUCAUCAUCAUCAGGUAAACACACACACACACACACACACACACACAUCAUCCAGGUAACACACACACACACAUCAUCCAGGUAACACACACACACACACACACAUCAUCCAGGUAACACACACACACACAUCAUCCAGGUAACACACACACACACACACACAUCAUCAUCCAGGGUAACACCACACACACACAUCAUCAUCCAGGUAACACACACACACACACACACCACACAUCAUCAUCCAGGUAACACACACACACACACGCAUCAUCCAGGUAACACACACACACACACACACACAUCAUCAUCCAGGUAACGCACACACACACACACACACACACACACACACAUCAUCAUCAUCAUCCAGGUAACCACACACACACACAUCAUCAUCAUCCAGGUAACACACACACACACACGUCAUCAUCCAGGUAACACACACACACACACACACACACACACACACACACACACACACGUCAUCAUCCAGGUAACACACACACACACACACACACACACACAUCAUCAUCCAGGUAACACACACACACACAUCAUCAUCAUCCAGGUAACACACACACACACACACACAUCAUCCAGGUAACACACACACACACACACACACACAUCAUCAUCCAGGUAACACACACACACACACACAUACAUCAUCAUCAUCCAGGUAACACACACACACACACCACACAUCAUCCAGGUAACACACACACACACAUCAUCCAGGUAACACACACACACACACACAUCAUCCAGGUAACACACACACACACACACACACAUCAUCCAGGUAACACACACACACACACACACACAUCAUCCAGGUAACACACACACACACACACACAUCAUCAUCCAGGUAACACACACACACACACACAUCAUCCAGGUAACACACACACACACACACAUCAUCCAGGUAACACACACACACACACACACAUCAUCAUCCAGGUAACACACACACACACACAUCAUCAUCCAGGUAACACACACACACACACACACAUCAUCAUCCAGGUAACACACACACACACACAUCAUCAUCAUCAAGGUAACACACACACACACACAUCAUCAUCCAGGUAACACACACACACACACGCAUCAUCCAGGUAACACACACACACACACACGCAUCAUCCAGGGAACACACACACGCAUCAUCCAGGUAACACACACACACACGCAUCAUCCAGGUAACACACACACACACACGCACGCAUCAUCCAGGUAACACACACACACACGCAUCAUCCAGGGAACACACACACACAUGCAUCAUCCAGGUAACACACACACACACACAUCAUCAUCCAGGUAACACACACACACACACACGCAUCAUCCAGGGAACACACACACACAUGCAUCAUCCAGGUAACACACACACACACGCAUCAUCCAGGUAACACACACACACACACGCACGCAUCAUCCAGGUAACACACACACACACGCAUCAUCCAGGGAACACACACACACAUGCAUCAUCCAGGUAACACACACACACACACAUCAUCAUCCAGGUAACACACACACACACACACACGCAUCAUCCAGGGAACACACACACACAUGCAUCAUCCAGGUAACACACACACACGCAUCAUCCAGGUAACACACACACACACACACGCAUCAUCCAGGUAACACACACACACGCAUCAUCCAGGUAACACACACACACACACAUCAUCAUCCAGGUAACACACACACACACACACACACAGGUAACACACACAUCAUCAUCAUCCAGGUAACACACACACACAUGCAGUCACAAUGUCUUUUCCGUUAAUUGAUUUGAUGGAUGGAUGUAUUGACGUAUUAACAGGAGUGUGAGGCCAAUCCUCACUGUAGGAGACUGCAGCUGAAGGACCUGCUGGUGUCUGAGACACAGAGACUUACCAAAUACCCUCUGUUACUGGACAACAUCAUCAAACACACAGAGGGUACGUAGGAUCCAUCAUCUGUCUCUCUAUCACUCUCUCUCUAUCACUCUCUCUCUAUCACUCUCUCUCUAUCUCUCUCUCUAUCACUCUCUUCUGUUAAUGGACAACAUCAAACACAAAAGGUACGUAGGAUCCAUCUCUCUAUCACUCACACAGUCUGACAGUUUAGCACCAGUGGUCUUUAUUAGGUUACUGUUGGGUGAUAUGUUAGUCUUAGUAGUUAGGUGAGAUGUUAGUCUUAGUAGUUAGGUGAUGUGUUAGUCUUAGUAGUUAGGUUAUGUGUUAGUCUUAGUAGUUAGGUUAUGUGUUAGUCUUAGUAGUUAGGUGAGUGUGUUAGUCUUAGUAGUUAGCCGAGUGUGUUAGUCUUAGUAGUUAGGUGAGUGUGUUAGUCUUAGUAGUUAGGUGAGUGUGUUAGUCUUAGUAGUUAGGUGAGUGUGUUAGUCUUAGUAGUUAGCCGAGUAUGUUAGUCUUAGUAGUUAGGUGAGUGUGUUAGUCUUAGUAGUUAGGUGAGUGUGUUAGUCUUAGUAGUUAGGUGAGUAUGUUAGUCUUAGUAGUUAGGUUAUGUGUUAGUCUUAGUAGUUAGGUGAGUAUGUUAGUCUUAGUAGUUAGGUGAGUAUGUUAGUCUUAGUAGUUAGGUGAGUGUGUUAGUCUUAGUAGUUAGGUGAUGUGUUAGUCUUAGUAGUUAGGUGAUGUGUUAGUCUUAGUAGUUAGGUGAGUGUGUUAGUCUUAGUAGUUAGGUGAGUAUGUUAGUCUUAGUAGUUAGCCGAGUGUGUUAGUCUUAGUAGUUAGGUGAUGUGUUAGUUUUAGUAGUUAGGUGAUGUGUUAGUCUUAGUAGUUAGGUGAGUGUGUUAGUCUUAGUAGUUAGGUGAGUGUGUUAGUCUUAGUAGUUAGGUGAGUGUGUUAGUCUUAGUAGUUAGGUGAGUGUGUUAGUCUUAGUAGUUAGCCGAGUGUGUUAGUCUUAGUAGUUAGGUGAGUGUGUUAGUCUUAGUAGUUAGCCGAGUGUGUUAGUCUUAGUAGUUAGGUUAUGUGUUAGUCUUAGUAGUUAGGUGAGUGUGUUAGUCUUAGUAGUUAGCCGAGUGUGUUAGUCUUAGUAGUUAGGUGAGUGUGUUAGUCUUAGUAGUUAGCCGAGUGUGUUAGUCUUAGUAGUUAGGUUAUGUGUUAGUCUUAGUAGUUAGGUUAUGUGUUAGUCUUAGUAGUUAGGUGAGUAUGUUAGUCUUAGUAGUUAGGUGAGUAUGUUAGUCUUAGUAGUUAGGUGAGUGUGUUAGUCUUAGUAGUUAGGUGAGUGUGUUAGUCUUAGUAGUUAGCCGAGUGUCUUAGUAGUUAGGUGAGUAUGUUAGUCUUAGUAGUUAGCCGAGUGUGUUAGUCUUAGUAGUUAGGUGAGUGUGUUAGUCUUAGUAGUUAGGUGAGUGUGUUAGUCUUAGUAGUUAGGUGAGUGUGUUAGUCUUAGUAGUUAGCCGAGUGUGUUAGUCUUAGUAGUUAGGUGAGUAUGUUAGUCUUAGUAGUUAGGUGAGUGUGUUAGUCUUAGUAGUUAGGUGAGUGUGUUAGUCUUAGUAGUUAGGUGAGUGUGUUAGUCUUAGUAGUUAGCCGAGUGUGUUAGUCUUAGUAGUUAGGUGAGUAUGUUAGUCUUAGUAGUUAGCCGAGUGUGUUAGUCUUAGUAGUUAGGUGAGUGUGUUAGUCUUAGUAGUUAGGUGAGUGUGUUAGUCUUAGUAGUGGUAGUAAGAGUAGCUACUGCUUUGAACUAACUUGUCCUAUUUGAUGUUGUGAUGUCACUGGGUGUAACGUCCGCCUCUUCCUACAGGUGGCUCCACAGACCUCCCGCCUCUCCAACGGGCACAGGCCUGUUGCCGCGGGAUACUGCAGGCCGUCAAUGAAGUCGUCAGGGAGACGGAACACCGGCAACGGCUCAACCAAUACCAGCGCAGGCUGGACCCCACGCCACAGUUCAAGGUACCGCCCAGAUUUGAUCUCUUUUUGUCCUAUUUUCCUCCUCUUCAAAGUUAGUAUUUUCCUCCUCUUCAAAGUUAGUCUUUCCCUCCAACACAUAGUAGAACAGCGCUGUUAUGAUGAUGUCCUCUGUCCUGUCAGAGUCUGGACCUGACCAGUAAGACAAUGAUCCAUGAGGGACCUCUCACCUGGAAAGUCAAUAAAGACAAAACCUUAGGUAAGACCCACUACACUCCACAGAUACAACUGUUGUGCUUUAGUUUCUGUUGGCUACUCUGUCCAGAGCUAAAAAGAAUCAGCUACGAGUUACCAUUUGGGCGACACUGUCCUAGACAUGUAUUCCAUAUUGAAGUCACUGUUCUGAUUCUGCUGAAAUGUUGCUUCAGUCACAAGAUAAUAAACUGGGAGUUGAAUCUUUUGUGCCUUGUUAACUUUUUGGGUGACUAUCUUCAAUUUUUCCCUUUCCCAGAGAUCCAGGCCCUACUGCUGUCAGACCUGCAGGUUUUAGGUUCUAGUUAUCCAUGUUCUGUAAGGGUUCUAACCAUGUAGUUCUGAUUCUCCCAGAGAUCUAGGCCGUACUGCUGUCAGACCUGCAGGUUAUAGGUUAUAGUUAUCAGUGUUCUGUAAGGGUUCUAACCAUGUGGUUCUGGUUCUCCCAGAGAUCCAGUCCCUACUGCUGUCAGACCUGCAGGUUCUAGGUUCUAGUUAUCAGUGUUCUGCAAGGGUUCUAACCAUGUGGUUCUGGUUCUCCCAGAGAUCCAGGCCCUACUGCUGUCAGACCUGCAGGUUCUAGGUUCUAGUUAUCAGUGUUCUGUAAGGGUUCUAACCGUGUGGUUCUGGUUCUCCCAGAGAUCCAGGCCCUACUGCUGUCAGACCUGCAGGUUCUAGGUUCUAGUUAUCAGUGUUCUGUAAGGGUUCUAACCAUGUGGUUCUGGUUCUCCCAGAGAUCCAGGCCCUACCGCUGUCAGACCUGCAGGUUCUAGUUAUCAGUGUUCUGUAAGGGUUCUAACCAUGUGGUUCUGGUUCUCCCUCAUCUCCCAGAGAUCCAGGCCCUACUGCUGUCAGACCUGCUGGUUCUGCUCCAGAGAGGUCCAGACGACCGGCUGCUGCUGCGCUGCCCGUCCCGCUGGCUGGGGGGAGGAGGAGGGGGUAGCGGAGACACCAAGGCCUCCUUCAGCCCCGUGGUCCAGCUAGACUCUCUCCUGGUGCGCUCUGUGGCCACAGGUAAGAGGUUAGAGGUCAGGGGUUAUGGGACAAAGUGUGGAGUGGCCAAUGGUUGUGUAUAGAUGAAUCAGUGGUUGGGGUUAGAUUUAGACAACUGUUUUUGUUAAUGCUGAAACAACAAUGUAGUAACAGAAAAUGGGAUCUCAAUAAUUUAGCGUUAUGAGAAUUGUGCAAGAUAAUGAUAAGAUAAUGGCUUUAUUAUCCCUGUGAUGAUGAUGGUUUGAUUGUGUCUAUGAUUCCCUCCUCAGACAACAAGGCCCUGUACGUCAUCAGCACCACAGAGAGACAGAUCUAUGAACUGGUCGCAGGGUCGUCCUCAGAGAAAAACACGUAAGUACAUCUACAUCAUCCAUAUCUAUACCAGGAAUAUAGUCCACCAGUUUACAGAUAAUAUACAUGAGAGGUUCAUCAGGAUUUUGACCUGCAGCAUUUUACUCAUCACAUGGAAAAGCUUUGGUGGACAUUUUGAGUGACAUUUUAUUUAUUUUUUAUUUUUCACAGCUGGAAGGACCAACUUGAAAAGACCAUCUCAUUGGCUGCUGGCUCCUCACCUUUGACCAAUAACAGAUCCACACCUAUUUUGUGAGUAUUCCUAAACUGGCCCAUUUCUAUCAAUUACCAUUGAAGACCUAUAGACUGAUAGCAUUGCAGACCAUUCUCUAUAGUUGUCCUAAGCCGUACUAAUUCCAUCUCUCUCUCCUCUCUCUCUUUCUCUUCUCUCUCUCUCCUCUCUCUCUCUCACUCACUCAGCUCCCCAAGUCUUGGCAAUGCUUCCCCUGUCUCAACUGGCAGCCAUGUCUAUCAAUCAGGUGAGACAAAUCGUCUUAGUAAGGAAAUGUAUGUUUUUGAAGUGGAUUAUAGUGAGUACAGAUAUAAAUAUUUAUUUCUGUAGGAUAUUCCCCUACUCUCCUCUGUCGUUCAUCACAUUGAUUAUCUUUCAUCUCCCUAGACAACUCGAUGACGGAGCAGGUGGUUUUCAUGGAGACGGACUCCCCUAACGAUGAGGACAACGAGCUUACGCCCACCACACCAACGGACCAAUCAGGGGCUUUCCUCUAUGGUGAGGGGCGGGACUACGUCAAGAAACAAAUUGGCGUAGCAGAGGCAGCUCUUGAAGACGGUGAGAAAGCAAGAGACUUGACUUCAACAUAUUAAAAUAUGAUUUUGUAUAAGUAUGUACUAGCGUCACUAGAAUGUGUUUGGUUGAGAAUCAACUUUCCACUUAUUCAAUACCUUUUUCUGCCUUUUUCAGUGGAGAUGCUAAGGCAGCUGAUUUUACGCGACCUGGAGGAAGAUGGGUGGAGUCACGACUCAGUCGGCACGCCCACAAAUGAGGCAGCCAAUGAGAGGAGCCCGUUCAAUGACCGACAGAGGCCGGCGUCCUCUGAGACGCUCCUUAGCGUCAGUCCCAGCCAAUGGGAGGCUGAGCAUGCAGAAGCCCCGCCCUCGGAGGUGGAGUCCCCCAGUGUGCAUGUUGUGAGGAAAGGUAACGAGGACAGAAGAUUUAGACAGUAACCUCAUAUUGUUGUCCAUUUUAAUGAAAUGACUGCUUGUUUCUUUGUGGAGACACCUUAGUGUCUAAUAUAUGGUCAAAUCAAGUCAGACUACUGAAUGACAAGUGAAUGCCUCUGAUUGUUUAUAAUAUACACUCCUCCUCUUCCUUCUACAGGGUCACACACUCCUCCUCUUCCUUCUACAGGGUCACACACUCCUCCUCUUCUCACACACUCUCCUCUUCUUCUACGGGUCCCCCCUCUUCCUUCUACAGGGUCACACACCUCCUCCUCUUCCUUCUACAGGUCACACACUCCUCCUCUUCCUUCUACAGGGUCACACACUCCUCCCUCUUCCUUCUACAGGGUCACACACUCCUCCUCGUCCUUCUGCAGGGUCACACACUCCUCCUCUUCCUUCUGCAGGGUCACACACUCCUCCUCUUCCUUCUGCAGGGUCACACACUCCUCCUCUUCCUUCUACAGGGUCACACACUCCUCCUCUUCCUUCUACAGGGUCACACACUCCUCCUCUUCCUUCUACAGUGGUCACACACUCCUCCUCUUCCUUCUGCAGGGUCACACACUCCUCUUCCUUCUGCAGGGUCACACACUCCGCCUCUUCCUUCUACAGGGUCCACAACACUCCUCCUCUUCCUUCUACAGGGUCACACACUCCUCCUCUUCCUUCUACAGGGUCCACAACUCCUCCUCUUCCUUCUACAGGUCAACACACUCCUCCUCUCCUUCUACAGGGUCACACACUCCUCCUCUUCCUUCUACAGGGUCACACACUCCUCCUCUUCCUUCUACAGGGUCACACACUCCUUCUCUUCCUUCUACAGGGUUACACACUCCUCCUCUUCCUUCUGCAGGGUCACACACUCCUCCUCUUCCUUCUACAGGGUCACACACUCCUCCUCUUCCUUCUACAGGGUCACACACUCCUCCUCUUCCUUCUACAGGGUCACACACUCCUCCUCUUCCUUCUACAGGGUCACACACUCCUCCUCUUCCUUCUACAGGGUCACACACUCCUCCUCUUCCUUCUGCAGGGUCACACACUCCUCUUCCUUCUACAGGGUCACACACUCCUCCUCUUCCUUCUACAGGGUCACACACUCCUCCUCUUCCUUCUGCAGGGUCACACACUCCUCCUCUUCCUUCUGCAGGGUCACACACUCCUCCUCUUCCUUCUGCAGGGUCACACACUCCUCCUCUUCCUUCUGCAGGGUCACACACUCCUCCUCUUCCUUCUACAGGGUCACACACUCCUCCUCUUCCUUCUACAGGGUCACACACUCCUCCUCUUCCUUCUACAGGGUCACACACUCCUCCUCUUCCUUCUGCAGGGUCACACACUCCUCCUCUUCCUUCUGCAGGGUCACACACUCCUCCUCUUCCUUCUACAGGGUCACACACUCCUCCUCUUCCUUCUACAGGGUCACACACUCUUCCUCUUCCUUCUGCAGGGUCACACACUCCUCCUCUUCCUUCUGCAGGGUCACACACUCCUCCUCUUCCUUCUACAGGGUCACACACUCCUCCUCUUCCUUCUGCAGGGUCACACACUCUUCCUCUUCCUUCUGCAGGGUCACACACUCCUCCUCUUCCUUCUGCAGGGUCACACACUCCUCCUCUUCCUUCUACAGGGUCACACACUCCUCCUCUUCCUUCUACAGGGUUACACACUCCUCCUCUUCCUUCUACAGGGUCACACACUCCUCCUAUUCCUUCUACAGGGUCACACACUCCUCCUCUUCCUUCUACAGGGUCACACACUCCUCCUCUUCCUUCUACAGGGUCACACACUCCUCCUCUUCCUUCUACAGGGUCACACACUCCUCCUCUUCCUUCUGCAGGGUCACACACUCCUCCUCUUCCUUCUACAGGGUCACACACUCCUCCUCUUCCUUCUACAGGGUCACACACUCCUCCUCUUCCUUCUGCAGGGUCACAAAGCUCUUAGAUUCAACUGAUCUGGUUUUCUUCUGAUCUCUUCUUUCGUUCUUUCUUUCUUUAUUUUCUUCUGUCUCACCACCUUCUGUCACACUCUCAUACAAUAUCACAUCAUCUCCCUCUACUUACACUCAAACUCUCACCCCCUUGACACUACGAAGCUGCUCCCCUACACACACAAAUCUACUGCCUGACACACACACACACACACACUCUGUCUUUCACUCCAUCUCUGACCAAUCCUCUGAGCCGAGAGGCGAGGCCAGUGUACGAGGUACCGCUCCAGUAGACAGUCUAGUUGCCCUCGUCAAACCUUCAUUGAAUAUCUUCCAUUAGGUCCAAUUCUCUCUGUCUGAGCAUGUUUGACUACUACACCAGCGUCAUGUUCAGAGAACUAUUUUGAAACGCAGAUAGUUUGGUUCUACCUGAAUUUGUCCAAUAAGAACACUCAUUUUCACUUUUCCAUUCCCAAAACGUUUUCCAAUUCAUACCUACUGAACAGAACCCUCUGGGCAUACUCUAUAGCUGCAUACUAUAAGAUUUCACAGCUGUAGUGUCAAUUUACCAUGAAGAUUGUCUUUCGUUCCUGAGGGUGCUCAUUGCAACUCUGUAAACCGACUGUGCUGUAGGAAACGUGUUCUACCUGGUGAUGCCACCAGUGCAGGGAGAGGGACUGCUGGACGAGAGUCACACAGAUGAGGUUGACGACCCCACCACCCCGACCUCCACUGAACUUCCUGAUCUGGAACAGGAAGUGAUGUCAUCGCCCGUACAGACUCAUGAGAAAGAAGGGCAGGUCGUUUCCAUCAUGUCUGCGGACAACCAAUCAGAGAGGGGAAAUCUGAGUCGGGAGGAAGGGCAGGGCCAAUCACAAAAGAGCCACCAGAGCCAUGUGAUCAAGAACAUGGAUGAGAUUUUCCACACCAUCGAGGAGUUGAUGAGCAAGCUGCACCAGCUGAGGGUAAGGCGUUUAAAACACACACACACACACACUGACAUUAUUUCCACGCUAACCUUUUACUUUUCAUUUUCUCCACUCAUAACCCCCUCAGGACAUAGAGACGGCUCAUCACCAGCUCCUGAAAACACUGAGAGAGCCACCUGUCAAUCCGGAAUCUGGUGACCUCUUUCGUAACCAGGGAACCGUCGCCAGGACACCGUUUCUGUACCGGGACCUGGGGGACGGUGAGUUCAGGGGUCAGAGGUCAGGGUCAUUCAGAAUAGGUUUUGUUGAAAGAUUUGGUCUGGAUACCACCUUUUCAUAAAGGCAUUUCUUAAACCUUGAAAUUCAAUAUGGGCCAUUCUGGUUGUUGGUUUGUGUUUGUCUGUGUUUACAUCAACUCUGUUAUUGACAUCUAUCUAUCGCUCUCUUUCUUUCUCUCUUUAUCUCUCUCUCUCUCUCUCUCGCUUUCUCUCUUUAUCUCUCUCCCCCCUCUCUCUUUCUCUCCCCGCCUUUUUCUCUCUCUUUCUAUGUCUCUCUCUCCCCCCCUCUCUCUUUCUCUCCCCGCCUUUUUCUCUCUCUUUCUAUGUCUCUCUCUUCUCCCCCCUCCCUCCCUCUCUCUCUGUCUCCACCCCUCCCUCCAGGAAAUGAGGCGAGCCCAGCAGAGCCAGCCAAGCCUAAGAUCCUCUCCACUGGAUUCUAAAGCUGUCAUCUCAGGGAGGACUUAACAGACUUACCUCCACCCUGCCGUAGACAUACGCACACACACUGAUGGACUGGGACCCCAGCCUUUACCCCCUAACCCCCUCUCACAUCCCUCACCCCAAUCCCAGCAGGCACUGCUCAUGGGAGCAGAAUCCAUGAAGUACCGGGAUGUCAUUGGUGUUGCCCUGGGAGACCAGGAAGUGAUGCAGGAUUGA